GCCGAGGCGCUAUCCGUGGGAUCUAUUGUCUCCCGGCACCCCGGGAGGAAUAAACAGGGGCACCGGGUGCUCAUCACCCUCUCCGUUGCUCUCUCGGCUUAACGUGGCCCGGGGAGCUCGUCCCUGCCCGGUGCCACACACGCUGGCAGCCGCCUGGCAGCCGCCGGGAGCCGCAGCCCAUGUGUUAGGACUUCAGGUGCUUCUUGGCCCAAAGCUAGACUGCGACCUCCUACCGUAGCGCUUGGCGUCACCUGCUCUCCCGGCCCUGCCCCGGGGCCGAGGGAUUGCGUCCCGAAGCAGGCUUGGGAACCGGCUGCCUCUCAAAUGAACCUCUAGCCUUGCUUUGAAAAAGCCAUUUUGUGUAACUCUUGACUGUUGAAUAAAUUGCUAACACACCCGUUGGGAUCAUCACUGGAAAAGUAUGCCACUCGAGAGGUCCUUUGCUUGACCCGGUACUGGGGGUUAGGAAGAGAGGUCUUUUUCUUUUUUUGUUGUUUUUCCCCUUAUCAUUAUGAGCAUUGGCUUUUCACCCUUGAAGUGAAAAUGUUGAAAGCCGAGUCUUCAGGUGAACGCACCACGCUCAGAAGCGCCUCUCCUCACAGGAAUGCAUACAGAACAGAGUUCCAGGCACUGAAAAGUACUUUUGACAAACCCAAGUCAGAUGGGGAACAGAAAACAAACGAUGGCGAGGGCCCCCAGCAGAGCAGGGGGAGGAAAUAUGGUUCCAAUGUCAACAGAAUUAAAAAUCUAUUUAUGCAGAUGGGUAUGGAACCCAGUGAGAAUGCUGCUGUCGUUGCCAAAACGAGGGGAAAAGGUAGACCUUCAUCCCCUCAGAGGAGAAUGAAGCCCAAAGAAUUUGUGGAGAAAACGGAUGGCUCAGUGGUUAAGUUGGAGUCCUCUGUUUCUGAACGGAUUAGUAGGUUUGACACAAUGCACGAUGGCCCUUCAUUUGCUAAGUUCACAGAGACUCGAAAGAUGUUUGAGAGAAGUGUGCCUGAGUCAGGGUACAAUCAUCGCUAUUCCCCAAAGACAGAGAAAGCCGGAGGGACUGAAGCACAGGAUGAGUGGGGUGGUUCCAAGUCCAACAGAGGCAGCAGUGAUUCCUUGGACAGCCUGAGCCCCCGGACUGAAGCUGUCUCCCCAACAGUGAGUCAACUGAGUGCAGUAUUUGAGAGCACCGAGUCUCCGGGUGCCAUCAUUUCUGAGAAGGCUGACAGCAGUGACUUCUCAGUGACCGGGCACUACCCUCUGAAUUUACCAUCGGUUACCGUUACCAACCUUGAUACCUUUGGCCACCUCAAGGAUUCUAAUGCAAGGUCUUCAAACAAACAAGCUGCUGAUGCAGAGGAUGCCCAGAAGAGCAGCGCAGCUCCACAAGUGGCUCAGAAAGGUGCCUCUCUAGCUUCGUUGCCUAGUGAAGAGAUCCAGCCGAGCAAGGAAGCCGAGGACUUCCCAUCUCACCAAGAGACUCUGGGCAGCACUGACAAAGAUAUUCCUGAAGAACCCUCUGCUGAAAACCAGGCAGUGCCAAAGUCUGACAUACUCUCACCACAGAAAGAAGCUUUAGAAGACGCUGAAGCUAAUGUGGUCGGCAGUGAGACAGCAGGGCAGCAGAAGAAAGACCUUACAGGUGGUGAUGUAACCUCUCCUGACGCUUCUGCAUCCAGCUGUGGCAGAGAAGUACCCGAAGACUCAAAUAGUUACGAGGGUUCCCAUGUGUACAUGCACAGUGACUAUAACGUGUACAGGGUGAGAUCCAGGUAUAACUCCGACUGGGGGGAGACAGGCACUGAGCAGGACGAAGAGGACGACAGUGACGAGAACAAUUACUAUCAGCCCGAUAUGGAGUACUCCGAGAUAGUUGGGUUGCCAGAGGAAGAAGAAAUCCCAGCAAACAGGAAAAUUAAGUUUAGUUGUGCUCCGAUUAAGGUUUUCAACACAUACUCCAAUGAAGACUAUGACAGGAGAAAUGAUGAAGUUGACCCUGUGGCUGCAUCUGCUGAGUAUGAACUUGAAAAGCGAGUAGAAAAACUGGAACUUUUCCCGGUGGAGCUGGAGAAAGAUGAGGAUGGGCUUGGCAUAAGCAUUAUUGGAAUGGGCGUUGGCGCCGAUGCAGGCCUGGAGAAGCUGGGGAUAUUUGUCAAGACAGUGACAGAUGGUGGCGCUGCUCAGCGGGAUGGCAGGAUCCAAGUCAAUGACCAGAUUGUGGAAGUGGAUGGAAUCAGCUUGGUGGGGGUCACACAGAAUUUUGCAGCAACUGUUCUGCGAAAUACCAAGGGCAAUGUCAGGUUCGUUAUUGGGCGAGAAAAACCAGGCCAAGUGAGUGAGGUUGCCCAGUUGAUAAGCCAGACCCUGGAACAGGAGAGGCGCCAGAGGGAGCUGCUCGAGCGCCACUAUGCCCAGUACGAUGCUGAUGAUGAUGAGAACACUGUGGCUGAAUCGCAAGGAAUGUCUGGCAACUGCAAUAACAAUAACAACCGUUUCCUUAAGACUGGAGAAUAUGCCACUGAUGAAGAAGAGGAUGAAGUUGGGCCCAUUCUUCCUGGUGGUGACAUGGCCAUUGAAGUCUUCGAGCUCCCUGAGAAUGAGGACAUGUUUUCCCCAUCUGAUCUGGACACAAGCAAGCUCAGUCACAAGUUCAAAGAGUUGCAAAUCAAACAUGCAGUUACAGAAGCAGAGAUUCAAAAAUUGAAGACCAAGCUGCAAGCAGCAGAAAAUGAGAAAGUAAGGUGGGAACUAGAAAAAACCCAACUUCAACAGAAUAUUGAGGAGAAUAAAGAAAGAAUGCUGAAGUUGGAGAGCUACUGGAUCGAGGCACAGACAUUGUGUCACACCGUGAAUGAGCAUCUCAAAGAGACUCAAAGCCAGUAUCAGGCCUUGGAAAAGAAAUACAACAAAGCAAAGAAGUUGAUCAAGGACUUUCAACAAAAAGAGCUCGAUUUCAUCAAGAGACAGGAAGUGGAAAGAAAGAAGCUGGAGGAGGUGGAGAAGGCUCAUCUGGUGGAGGUCCAAGGCUUGCAAGUCCGGAUUAGAGAUCUGGAGGCUGAGGUGUUCAGACUACUGAAGCAAAAUGGGACUCAAGUUAACAACAACAACAACAUCUUUGAGAGGAGAACAUCUCCUGGAGAAGUCUCAAAAGGAGACACUAUGGAGAAUAUGGAAGUCAGGCAAACGUCCUGUCAGGACGGCUUGAAUCAAGACUUGAAUGAAGCGGUCCCAGAGACAGAGCGCCUGGAUUCGAAAGCACUGAAAACCCGGGCCCAACUCUCUGUGAAGAACAGGCGCCAGAGGCCCACGCGGACACGGCUGUAUGACAGUGUCAGCUCCACUGAUGGGGAGGACAGCCUGGAGCGGAAGCCUUCAGACAGUCUCUUUAACCACACACACGUUACCAAAUCGCUUCUGCCCGAGGGUUGGAGAGCUUCUUCUCCAGAGUCAGAUUCUGGUGUUGCACCCCUCACCCCUGUGGCUAGCCAUGGGGCCUUCUCCUCUCGCCACGAGACUGAGUCCCAAGAAAGGUCACGGAUGCCAGAAAGAGACACGUUCUCCUCUGUCUCGGGAGACACUUCGCCCUCCUCACCUUCAAAAUCUGAUCACGAUACAGAAGACUCUCCUUGCCACCACCAAGCAACCAAGAAAAUAGUACAUGAAAAAGACCAUGUCAUUUGUCCUAAAUCACUAAGAACAUCCAGUUCAUUCGUGUUGCAAGGAGGAAAAAUUAAGCAGAAGUUUGUGGAUCUGGGGGCACCUUUGCGAAGGAAUCCCAACAAGGGGAAGAAAUGGAAAGAAAAAGAAAAGGAAGCCAGUAGGUUUUCUACAGGUAGCAGGAUCUUCAGAAGCAAGUUGGAGAACUGGAAAGCCAAGCCUUCCCCUGCGGCUCAGGCCUCCACCCGCUCUCCUUGCAUGCCUUUCUCAUGGUUUAACGAAAGCCGGAAAGGAUCCUAUUCCUUUGGGAACCUGCCUUCAGUUCCGCGUCCCCUUCAGCCUUCUCCUGAGACACUAAUUUCAGAUAAAACAGGGUCCAAGAAUUUCACCUUCAAUGACGACUUCAGUCCAAGUAGUACCAGCUCGGCAGACCUAAGCGGCUUAGGAGCAGAACCCAAAACACCAGGGCUCUCUCAGUCCCUGGCACUGUCCUCGGAUGAGAGCCUGGAUAUGAUAGAUGAUGAGAUCCUCGAUGAGGGACAGUCUCCCAAGCACAGUCAGAGUCUGAAUCGGGCCGUUCAUGAAUGGAGUGUGCAGCAGGUUUCUCACUGGUUGAUGAGCCUAAAUCUGGACCAGUAUGUGUCUGAAUUCAGUGCCCAGAACAUCACUGGGGAGCAGCUCCUGCAGCUUGAUGGAAGUAAACUGAAGGCACUUGGAAUGGCGUCAUCCCAGGACCGGGCGCUGGUUAAAAAGAAACUGAAGGAAAUGAAGAUGUCUCUAGAGAAGGCUCGAAAGGCCCAAGAGAAAAUGGAAAAGCAGAGAGAAAAGCUGAGGAGGAGGGAACAUGAGCAGAUGCAGAGGAAGUCCAAAAAAGCUGAAAAGAUGACGUCCACAACCGAGAACAACAGUGAGCAGUGAUCCCUGGUCUCUAGUAGCUGGGGAAGCUUGAGGGAAGUCCCGCCCCUCCCUGGCCCCCUUCUCCUGCAGAGGAUGAAGACAGACUGAUGGGGACAGUGCCACUGUGGGCGGUUUAAAGAACUGUGUGUUGGAUGCACUCUUAGUUUUAACCUCCUAAAGUAACCCCAAGCCACCUUUGGUUUAUUAACAAACCAGAAAUACCAUUUUUAUCUUCUACUUAACCAACAUCCUGUGCUGUGUUGAGCGUAUGGUGCCACUUGGAGAACCAGCCUGACCGAGCCAAUGAGAGCAAGACUCACUCUGGUGUUGUGAGUGGAGCACCCAGAAUUUUCAGUGAGAGGCCCUGAAAUUGAGAUAGUAGCCCUGGUGGUUCAUGUGCAGAGAUGUGCACUGCUCCUGGGUUCAGAUUCUAGUACAGUGUGUAGGAAAGGCUCCCCUCCAUUCUGACUGUACAGCGAGUCAGUCCUGUUGGGAAUGUGGGUGCCCAGCACAUAAUUACCAAAUGGGGGAAGAGCAAGCAUGUUGUUCCAUGUGCUGGGAAUCAAAAA